CUUGUGUGUCGGGAGGUGGUUACAUGGAAGUGUCUGCACGAAUGCCAAGCUAACACCUUCUGUCAUUUGAAUGCUUUCAGAGGAAGCCUGUGCAGCCCUGAUCUAAACUCUUUUGGAAGAUGGAUAACAAAGCAAUGGCGACCAGCGCCCUCAGUCUCUUGACCUGGGAGCAGGUGAGCCGGUUAAACGAUGUCCUGACGGAGGUCGUGCCGGUUCAUGGCCGGGGGAACUUCCCCACCUUGGAGGUGCGACUGAAGGACAUUGUGGCGCGUGUCCGCUCCCGCCUGGAGCUGAGGGGGAUCCACGUGAAGGAUGUGCGGUUGAAUGGUUCCACUGCCAGCCAUGCGCUGGUGCAGGACAUCGGCUGGAGCUACAAGGACCUGGAUGUCAUCUUCAGGGUGGACCUGCCGUGUGAGGCUGAGUUCCAACUGAUUAAGGACGUGGUGCUAGGCACCCUGCUGGAUUUUUUGCCUGAGGGAGUGAAUAAGGAGAAGAUCACCCCCAUGACACUCAAGGAGGCAUAUGUCCAGAAGCUGGUAAAGGUCCACACAGACCAGGACCGCUGGAGCCUCAUCUCCCUCUCCAACAACAACGGGCGCAAUGUGGAGCUCAAGUUUGUUGAUACGAUUCGCCGGCAGUUUGAGUUCAGUGUGGACUCCUUUCAAAUCGUGCUGGACUCUGUGCUGGCUCAUUACGACCUGUCUGAGGCUCCCAUGUCGUAUGCCCUCCACCCAACUGUAGUGGGUGAGAGCAUGUACGGUGACUUUGCUGUGGCCCUGAACCACCUAGAGAACAAGCUGAUAGCCACCAAGCGGCCUGAGGAGAUCCGCGGCGGUGGCCUGCUGAAAUAUUGCAACCUGCUGGUGCGAGACUUCCGGGCCACCAGUGAAGAAGAAUUCAAGGGCCUGGAGCGCUACAUGUGCUCACGCUUCUUUAUCGACUUCCCGGACAUUAAUGAGCAGCAACGCAAGGUGGAGGCCUACCUGCAGAGCCACUUUGUGGGUGAGGAGAAACGCAAAUAUGACUACCUCAUGACCCUGCAGCGUGUGGUCAAUGAGAGCACGGUUUGCCUCAUGGGCCACGAGAGACGUCAGACGCUCCACCUGAUUUCACUGAUGGCCUUCCGUGUACUGGCCGAGCAGAAUGCCAUCCCAGAUGCGUCCAGUGUCACCUGCUACUAUCAGCCAGCACCCUACGUCCGUGACCACAACUUUAGCAACUACUAUGUGGCAAACCAGAACAUUCCAACAUGGCUGCCCUGUAACUGACAAAAGACAAAACGGCAAACAGAUUGGCAAAUGACACAGGACAAUGAUGCUGCUGCUAGUGCUUUUGAGAAGAGAGGAAAAAAAAAAUGCCCCAAAAAAAGAAAUAUUAAGGCCAUAAAUGCUGUUUUUCUGUAGGCAUAAAGGGUUAUAUUU